UGGUUGAACACCACUGCAGCCAUAAAUCUCAUAAUACUUGAUCCAAGCUUUACAUCGCUAAACUCAUCACCCUCUUCUGCACACAACGCAGUAAAUACUGUGUAUGGUCUCAUGUGUACGUUGUCUGUGAAUCUUGAUGAGUAUCUGCUAAAAUAG